AUGUCGAGUGAUGAUAAAAAUAAACCUAGUGAACCCAAGAAUGAACCCAAGCAGUGUGAUCCCAGGUGUGAACCAAGGUGUGAACCUAAAUGCCAGCCCAGCUGUUUAAAGAAGCUGCUGCAACGGUGCUCUGAAAAGUGCCCACCCCCAAAGUGCCCACCACCAAAGUGUCCUCCGUGUGCCCCAUGCUCUCCAUCAUGCCCCCCACCUUGCCCUCCACCAUGCCCUCCACCGUCAUGUCCAUGUCCAGCUCCCUGCUCUCCCAAGCUGUGUCCCAAGCCCUGCCCUCCCAAAUGCCCACCACCCUGCCCACCCCCAGAGUGA